UCAUCAUCAUCUCCCUAGGUUCGUUCCCGAGGCCGUCAGGAUGCUGCUGCUGAAUCGGAUCCGCUUCCGCCCAGAUCGGCGUCACACCACCGACAAGAUGGCUGAGAUUACGGCUCCAAAGUGAGGGAGGAAGUAAAAACAGUGGCGAGCUCUUCUUGCUGAAGAUGCCAGACCUCCAGAGCUGCUGAAGGCCGGUUCGGAGGCAGAGAUAUCAACCCUGGGUUUAUCUUCCGGGCUCAGUUCUGCGGGUCCAGUUAGACGGAUGUAAACAAACCGCUCCGGAGCAGCGCGAGGACGGAACGUCUAUCACAGAGCUAACCUGCUAGCCAUGUUUACUAGCUGACAGCACCGUUAGAAAGCUCGCGCGGUUCCACAAAGUGACACUUUGGAUGGUUUCCAGACCAGUAAGAGUCCCUUCCUAGCCUCCACUGAGAACCAGGACCCGCUGCUGCGGCACACGUUUCUGGCGAUUUAAAUUGGAUUUAACGCUUAGCUAAUGCGGCUCCAGCUGGUUAGCAUGCUAACAUUGCGGAUUUCUCAGAGUUAGCAUUAGCAGCUGUGUGAGUUUGCUUCGACCCAGGACACCAAAGGGUUUGAGGAGGAUUUUUCUAUUGUUCAGAGGUGAGAGAGAAGUCCGCGCAGAGCUGGGGAACCAGGAGUCCAGCUGGAUUACGAACAUUAAAGGCACCACCGCUCGGUCUGGGAAUACAAGUGAAGCCCAGGAGAGUUAAGCCCUGUCGGCUGCAGCAUGGCCCACUCUCCCGUACAGGGCAACCUGCCGGGGAUGCAGAGUGUCAGAGUGGACCCCGAGGAGCUGUUCACCAAGUUGGAGCGCAUCGGGAAGGGUUCCUUCGGCGAGGUGUUCAAAGGCAUUGACAAUCGUACGCAGAAGGUGGUGGCCAUCAAGAUCAUUGACCUGGAGGAAGCUGAGGAUGAGAUAGAAGACAUCCAGCAGGAGAUCACUGUACUGAGUCAGUGUGACAGUCCCUUCGUCACCAAGUAUUAUGGCUCCUACCUGAAGGACACGAAGCUAUGGAUCAUCAUGGAGUACCUAGGUGGAGGCUCGGCCUUGGACUUGAUGGAGCCUGGAGCUCUGGAUGAGACCCAGAUUGCCACAGUCCUGAGAGAGAUCCUGAAGGGCCUGGAGUACUUGCACUCAGAGAAGAAGAUCCACCGGGACAUCAAAGCCGCCAACGUCCUGCUGUCCGAGCAAGGCGAGGUGAAGCUUGCGGACUUCGGCGUGGCCGGCCAGCUCACCGACACACAGAUCAAACGUAACACCUUUGUUGGGACGCCCUUCUGGAUGGCCCCAGAGGUCAUCAAGCAGUCUGCCUAUGACUCCAAGGCUGAUAUCUGGUCUCUGGGGAUCACCGCCAUCGAGCUGGCUAAAGGCGAGCCUCCACACUCGGACCUCCACCCCAUGAAGGUUCUGUUCCUCAUCCCAAAGAACAACCCGCCCACGCUGGAAGGAAAUUACUGCAAACCCCUGAAAGAGUUUGUGGAGGCCUGCCUGAACAAGGAGCCCAGCUUUAGGCCAACUGCCAAAGAGCUGCUGAAGCAUAAACUGAUUGUCCGCUACGCCAAGAAGACGUCCUACCUGACCGAGCUGGUGGACAAGUACAAGAGGUGGAAGGCAGACCAGUCCAGAACCACAGAGUCCAGUUCCGACGAGUCCGACCCAGAGUCGGACCAGCAGGCGUCGGGUGGGAACGACAUCAGCAGCGAUGACUGGAUCUUCACCAUCCGAGAAAAGGACCCCAAGAAGCUUCAGAACGGGGAGGGACAGUCGGCGGGGACAGACCAGACUAAAGACAUUCCAAGAAGGCCUUAUUCACAGAGCCUGACCACAGUCAUCUCUCCUGCUCUGUCUGAGCUGAAGGCUCGGCAGGAGCAGGUGAACGGGAACCCCAUGGUCCUGGAUGAGUUGAGGGAGGCCAUCCUGCUGGCUGAGGAGGCCUACCCUGGUAUCUCCGACUCCCUCGUGGCUCACAUGGUGCACCGGCUCCAGAGUUUCUCCACAAGCCGAACCUCCUCUUCCUCCCCUUAGAAACGGGUCUCUGCCUCGGCCCUGCUCACCCCCCUACGUCCCACCAACACCCCAACCAGAUCAGAGGGUGGAGCCAUUCAGAACCAGCUUUUAGGUUUCAUUUCGGGGGCGGUGCUUAAAUAUUUAGUAAACUCCAGCGGAGAAACCUUGCAGAGCUUUUUUUAUCCAUUGACGAGAGAUGUUGGAAAGCCGUAGCACACGGGACUCAACGCAGGAGCGACUGGACGGGAACUGUCCGGGCCAUGCGCACUCCUCCAGCCUCACGCAGCCAUCUCUCUCUGCAUGGUCUUUACUGGAUGAGGAGCCUUCUUCACUUCCUCCGCCCUCCCCGCUCUAAAUGCUGGCGUCGUACCCAACCCCCAGAACCUCCGAGAGCAUGCUUGACGAACCUGCAGGGAUGUCAUCCAAGUGUACAAGCUUUGUGUACGUGUGCACAGUCACGUGAGUGCACGUGACGUCUCUAAAACUCCCUGUUUAGGCAGAUUGCAGCAUUCUUAAUGAAACCUCAGGUAAAGUGCUUUAAGUCCUCCGAGGCAGGAGGGGGCGCCAUGCUGUACAUGAUUACAAGUUGUCAUUGCGGGAAAUAAAUCACUGUGUACAAAACAGUCAUCACAUUUUGUAGAUAUGAAUAAAGUUUAAAAAAAAGUAGUUAUUUAAACAUCUUAAAGGUUACUCAGACAGAAAAUGCUUUUUCGGAAACGUUCUACGCUCAAACAUUUCAUCACACGUUUAGUUACUUUUUGUAAAAAUCAGUGUUUUCUUUUCUCGUGACUUGAGCUCAUUGAUGCUGAAUCAUCAAAUUAAUCAAGUUUACUUUGUAUAGAAGAAGAAUCCUUUUGUUUGUCGUCAGACGGUAAACCUCGUAUUAUUGUUUAAGGGUUCAAAGAGAGAGCUCAGAUCUGUGGUGGAGAAGUUACAGUUAAUACCGUACCCAUUCUAGAUGGCUCUUUAAAUGACCUCAUUGUGAAGAAAAACAGAGCAGUUCUGAUGCUAGCUAACGGCUAGUUUCCGCAAGUCCAAUAACAAAGUGAAGUUCUACCCUUAACAUUUUAGAAAUGUUAGAGUAGCUCAAACUAACGUUAUUUAAUGAACCAUUGGGCCAAAUUGAAUAGUUGCAUAGACAUCUGGAACCCCUCCUUAAUUCUUAAUUUAGUUGUGUGUGUGAAAGUUCAGGAAACUUCGAGAGGGGCUGAGACCCCAUUGAUGAAAUGCCACCUCCACACCACAAGGGGGCGCCAACCAACAACAUAUCAAAAUACAAAAAGGGCAACGGCUAAUGAAAAACUAGUGUUACUUAUUGAUAUUGUUUAUAAUUGUCUUUCAAGCCUUGUACUUGUAACAAAGUUACAAAAAUAAUUUAAAUAUGUUUAUCAUAGUUGGUUUUCUUACAAAAAAACUACAUUUGUGCUUGAACAGGAAGUGCAAACGUAGCAGGAAAUCUUGCUUUCUGAAAUGUCCAGAAUAGUUCUUACUGGUUUGAAGAAAAAAGGAGACUCUUGUCAUUCUGGACAGAUUUAGGCACUUUGUGUAUUUACAUGGAUACAUAUUUACACGUUUUUUUGCGGUUUGGAAAUUUGUAAACUUGUUUUAGUCCAACGGAAGAUUCAAAAUUGUUGUUGAAAUUUUAAGAUACUUUUGUGUAAAAAUGUUUAUGUUGGUGUGAAUCUUGCCAACAGAAAAAUUCCUGCAUGAAGUGCAUCUAGCAUAAAGUAAGUGCUACAGCUAGCUUCUUACGUGCUACAGCUAGCUUUUGCUGCUAUUAGCCUUUAUAAAUCACCAUAGAAUGUCAUUUAAAUGACUAAUGCAGAAAUUACAGUGGAGGAUAGUUUGUUAAAUCGCAUUUAGACAAAAAAAUUUUGAUUAGAUUUUGGUUGUGAGCUAACUGGAACUAGCUGUUAGCUUGUCAAACAGAAGAGCUAAUCUCUUUCUCCAAACUGAGGUUGUUCAAAGUGCAGAUCUUCCUUCCACAGAACCCACGUCAGCUGAUCUGAGCUCUCUCUGUCAGUUUUAUAAUUUACCAAGAAUAAAAGAUGGCAGAUGUUCACCAGGGAAACCACGUCCAGAUGUUUUCAGCUAAAGUAGUGUUUUUCCCAGAUUUAGCCGUUCUUAGUAACUAAAGUGGAUACGAGGGCAAGCAAGCAAGAACCAUAGAAGGCGAUCACAUUUAACUCCCGUCAGGACAAACCUCAACACCAUCCUUUAAUCCUCACCACUCUCACUAUAGAAGUGCCAUAUCCACUUUACGCUCACUAAUGCUCCAAGUUUGAUUUGCACCUUUUUAUUUUUCAGAUCAGUUUUGUGCACUUUGAAAGUGUCGCCUAUUUAAGAAUCCUACAAGAGGAGGAAAACAAAAACGCAGUUGCUAAUAGCCAUGUUUUACUAUAUAUGUUUACUUCAGAGUUCCAGAAUUUACUACUGUGCUAUUGCAGCAAUAAUGUUGAGGAGUUGCAACACGGUGCACUCGUCAACACAGGGAUUGAAAGAAAUAUCUGAUAUUUUUAUAAUGGCAAAGAGUUGAGUAUGGAACUAUGGAAUGCUUUAUGGAUAUGGGCACCUGCCUCUGGCAAAUAAAUAUCUAUACCCUACUGAAAAAGAAAACCUGCUAUGGAAAUAACAAAAUGUGUACAUUUGGUCUCUUUUAUCAUAGCUGAUUUAUAGUACUGUAUAUAAUCUUUGCUUGUGUCAUUUGAGAACUCCCAAGUUAAAUGUAAGCUCCUUCUAAGCUUUCAAGUUGACAUGAGAAAUAAAGAUCUACUGCUAACUCA